AUGGCAUCAGUUUACUUCGAGACGAGCUGGGCCAUUCUCAGUACGAUCGGUUUGGCAAACGUGCUCUUUGGGUUCAUCGUUUCUGGCAUCACAGCCUUCUCCCCUGUUUCGCUUAUCCCAAUUAUCGUCUCUGCAGCUGGCGCGGUUGCGAAUGGUCUCUGUUACUACAGCUUCUAUGCAGAUUACCCUCUCCUGAACACCGCUAUUUCAUCUGCAUUUGCAGAUGUGAUGUGGAUGAUUCAAGAAGCUGGCAUUUCCUUCUACAGCUAUGCCAUUCUUGUUCGUGUUCUACGUAACAAGGACCGAGUGGCUUUUAUGUCACUAUUCUGGCUUGUUAUUGUUGCCAUAUUUGUCUUGAGACUGUGUAUUCUAGUUGCUCGAGUCAAGAUACUGGUCAGCGGCGAGCCAGAGCUCAAGAGGAUCAUCAAUGGGCUCCACGUAGGCUACUUCACUUCCAUGGCUCUACUCGAGUGUCUUGGGGCCUUCUUCCUACUACGCAAGUUUUCAGCAGCCAAGACUUCAUCAUUGCAGGCUUCAAUAGCACCCACCCUCUUUCAGCAUCUUAUGCGAAGUACGGAAAUCCGCCUCGCCGUGCUGGCCUUGAUUGGGGUGACCAGAGCGGUAGCAUACUUCUUCCAGCCUUCCAUGCAGAAGGCCGAAACUGUGGCGAGCCAGAUCGACCGAUUCGUCUACACACUCGAGUGCAUGUUUCCAGUCAUGAUUUUGUGGGUUCUUUCAUUUGCUAAGACAAAUCAAGAUCAGGAAAGCUGA